AGAAUAAAAGAAAUUUAAGCGAUUCUCCUUCUUCUUCAGCUCUGCUAGAACCUUCCGUCUUUGCUUGCCCUAGGGUUUUUACAGGGUUUUUUCAUUUCGUCAAUUGGGCAACCUCCGAUUCCCCCUUUCAGGUCACUCUCCGACCUUUCACCCAGAGCUGCAGAUAACUAUACCUCCAAAUGGUUCGCUCCGAUGGCCUCAGGUUCAUUCGUUUGUUGGCUCGUCGUUCUUUCACACACCACCACCUCUCCCGCGAAUCCUCCAGCUCCGUAAACGACGCAGUUUCUCGAGGUAGUUGUCGACGAUUUCAUUCUGAUGUUUGCUACACAUCUGUUGGUUUUGGAAAUCGUGCUUCGAGGAAUGUUAAUAAAAAGAACUGGUUUCAGUUGGGAGUUCUUGGUGCCAACCCUGGAGAAGCAAAAUUAAUUCAUGGCACUGCACAAAUGUCUGCUAAAAAUUAUUAUGAUACACUUGGUGUGAACAAGAACGCAACUGCAUCAGAAAUAAAGAAAGCAUACUAUGGGCUAGCAAAAAAGCUUCAUCCUGAUACAAACAAGGAUGACCCCGAUGCUGAAAAGAAGUUUCAAGAAGUUAGUAAGGCUUAUGAGGUUUUAAAAGAUGAGGAUAAACGCCAACAAUAUGAUGCGGUUGGGCAUGAAGCAUUUACCCAACAAGACCAUCACGGUGGCUUCCCUGGUGGUGGUGAAGGCUUUGACCCGUUUAGUGGAGUAUUUCGGGGAUUUGAUUUCUCUAAUAUAUUUCGCCAGAACUUUGGUGGAGAAGAUGUCAAGGUUGCUUUGGAGAUAUCCUUUAUGGAAGCUGUCCUGGGAUGCUCAAAAACUGUAGCAUUUAAUGCAGCCGUGCCAUGUGAUACUUGUGGUGGAAGUGGUGUUCCACCUGGAACAAGACCCGAGACAUGUAGACGCUGUAAGGGAUCAGGCAUGACAUACAUGCAAACUGGUCCAUUUAGAAUGCAAGCUACAUGUUCGCAAUGUGGUGGGAGUGGGAAAAUUGUAUCGAACUUCUGCAAGUCUUGUAAUGGAGAACGUGUUGUGAGAAGAUUGAAAAAUGUUAAGGUGGACAUAAUGGCAGGGGUAGAUGAUAAUGAAACUAUGAAGGUGUUUAGGAGUGGAGGUGCAGAUCCUGAUGGAAAUCAACCUGGUGAUCUGUAUAUUACUAUUAAGGUUCGUGAAGACCCAAUUUUCAAAAGAGAAGGCUCUGACAUUCAUGUGGAUGCUGUUCUAAGCAUCACCCAGGCUAUAUUGGGAGGCACUGUCCAUGUUCCGACUCUAACGGGAGAUGUAGUCCUCAAGGUCCGUCCUGGCACUCAACCUGGACAAAAGGUUGUCCUGAAGAAGAAAGGAAUAAAAACGAGGAACUCUUACACGUUUGGCGAUCAAUACGUGCACUUCAAUGUCAGCAUACCAACGAGCCUUACGCCAAGGCAGCGUGAAUUAAUCGAGGAAUUCUCGAAGGAAGAACACGGAGAAGACGAGAAACGCAGUGCUGCCGGAGCAUCUGGGUAGAGAUACAUACAACAUUCUAAUAAGAACUGUUCUUUAAACCCUCCAAACAUUCCCAUUGUGUUGUAGCAAAUUCCUCAGUUUUAGAAAGGAAGAAAAUUGGUAUGGUUCUACAGUCCGAAUAUAGGAGGAGACCCACCUGCCCAAUACGAAAGUUUUGUAGGAGUAUUCUUGGUUGGUAUUUAGGCGAGAGUCGAACGCAAUAGUCAAUGUAGAAAUAACGUAGUUUUGUUGUAUAGACUUGUGUUAUUUGUUCGCCUUAUUUAUCAUAAUGGGCAUGAAUUCAACGUUCACACGA